UAGAUGGUAGGAGGCGUGUUUUCUGGGCCGGACAUUUGAAGACCCAUUGGUCCCGAUAUUUUCUGUGCUGCUCGCAGGUCUUCCACCCGAUGCCGAACCUACACGUUUGUCCUUCUAGAACCUUCGUCUCCGGCGAGAUGUUCCUUCCGAAGCUUCCAACCCCUCCCCGCCCAUGGCACUCUUGCCUCCUAGAAGCCCCUCGCCUUCGCCCUCCGCCCCGUAUCCUCGCGAGGCCCUUGCGAAGACGACGGCACUUCCUAGCGCCAUCCGCCGCCGCGUCUUCCGGCUCUCACUCCGAGGAUUCUCCACUUCCUCCCGCGAAGCCAUCCUCAUCGAAGAAGGCACCGGAUGAGAUCGGGAGUCAGAAGUCGGUGCCGCCCGGGAUGCGCGGGUCCGCCAUCCCCGACCCCGAGGAGGAGCCGCGGCCACCACGGUGGUCGGCGUGGCGGACGGCGCACGCUGUGUGGCGAAAGGUGGCUUCUUGGAUGCCCAGGAAGGCCAGGAGCAUCGUCCUGCUGAAUCUUGUCACCUUCAUCUUCGCAAGCAACAUUUCGGUUGUGAAAGAGGCGGAGACUCUGUUGGAUCCCGACCUUUUCAAUAUGUUGAGGUUCACUAUAUCGGCCGUUCCUUUUGCACCAUUGUUGCUAAAAUCCCUGAGAGACAUGCAAAUCUUUAUUAGAGGACUAGAAUUGGGCAUUUGGGUAAGCUUGGCCUAUCUGGCUCAGGCUAUUGGGUUAGUUACAGCUGAUGCUGGCCGUUCAUCUUUUAUUUCUGCUCUCACUGUGAUCAUUGUCCCUUUCUUGGAUGGCCUUCUUGGAGCAGAAGUACCUGCCUAUACAUGGUUUGGAGCAUUUUUAUCGCUUGUUGGUGUUGCUCUGCUAGAGUUAAGUGGUUCUCCGCCAUGUGUUGGUGAUCUUCUAAACCUCGUCAGCGCCUGUUCUUUUGCGAUUCAUAUGCUCAGAACCGAGCAUAUUUCCAGAAAUAUGAAGAAAGAGAAUUUCUUAAUUCUUGUUGGAUGUGAGGUGUUUGUUGUAGCUCUCAUAUCAGCAGCCUUGUACAUUUUUAAAUGCUUCACCCAGAAUGUGCAACACUGGAAUUUUAAAGCAUGGCCACCAACGGAGUUAUUUGGUAUGGUGAUGUCAUUUCCUUGGCCAGCAAUCCUAUACACAGGCAUAUUCUCAACUUCCUUUUGUUUGUGGGCAGAGGUGGUUGCUAUGCGUGAUGUAUCAGCUACAGAAACUGCAAUAAUUUAUGGUUUGGAACCAGUAUGGGGUGCUGCCUUUGCAUGGGUAAUGCUCGGUGAGAGAUGGGGCGCUACAGGAUUUGUUGGAGCUAUCUUCAUCAUAGCUGGUAGCUUGAUGGUUCAGAUACUGGGAUCAAUCCCAGAUGUAUCUAGAGGGAUAGUUACCAGAUGAACAGUUAAAUACAUACAUUGCAGAGGCAGAAGGCGGCCUUCGUGAAUAAACUCAAUAAAUUAUAACAGCAACGAACCUGUUUUUCAUACGGUUGCUGUUGUUACCUAAUAAGCUAGCUAGUAUGACAGCGUAAAGAGAUCUAACGAUAUGGUAUGACCAGUAGCACAAGGAAGCAGAGCUCACUGGCUUGACAAAGAUGGAGGACGUCUAAGAGUAGCCAGGGCAACUCUGGGCCACAAAUUAUAAUGAGUUUUACUUCCCAUGUGACCCAAGACAGCUAUGCUCAAUGUUGACAUAUCACUUGACUCAACCAGCUCAGAUGGGAACCGGUUCAGUUCAACCAGGUCGACAGGAGGUAUCAUCACCGUAUAUUUUGCAAUUGUAACACUUUUACCCACUUUUUCUCGGUGUAAAUUCAAACAAACGUACAAAGUAGGGCUGUUGGUUUUCAAUGGACUCGUUUUCGAGCUGAUUCUGCAUCAAGCUUGUAUUAAGGUAUCAGAAGCAUGCUCUUGCUCGAUC